AUGCUUCGCGACUUCGAUGAUGAUAGCCACACUAGCAAUGGCGGGGAUGCUUCGACUCCUAUCGGCAGCAACAGCAGCACCUCUUCUGGCAAUGGGUGCGCUACCGUUCCGCGGAAGAAUCCCUCGACGGCGUCCUUCAACAGGCCGUCCACCACAGGCCGUCGCAACACCAUUGCGCCCAUCGGUACCGGGCGUUACACCGAGUACACCGCAAACACCAACGGCGGUGCCGCACUGGAUGCUCCCAUGGAUGCUUGGAUGAACGCAAAGAAUGUCGGCAAUGAGGCCGAUAGACAGGGCAACGGGGUCGGCCAGAUCGGAAAUGUCGGCGGAACACCCGCUAAGAACCAGGCAGGCAUGACGAAUACCUAUCCGCAGAUGACCCAGGCUCAAGCUAUGCAGUUUGGCUACACGCAGGGCCUUAAUGCCGCGGUGAGCAACAUGACCCCGGCGAAAACCACACUCGAUCAACGGUCGCCUGCCAAUGCCAUGGGAUAUUCUUGGGGCAGUACGCCUACCUACAACUCCGCUGGCAAUGUAUAUACCCCGCAGACCACUGGGUAUGGCACCACUCAGGGAACCGCGCUGAGCGCCAACUUCCCCUCCGCGAGCAUGAAUUCCACCCCUUCGCACAUGUCAAAGACGGUUGGCAAGGACGCCAUGGGUACUCCUCAGUCUGCGUCCAUUUACAACCAGUAUAACCAGACUGAGCCUCGCAACUUUGCGCCGCGCGCCGCUCCCAUGUCUAUGCCGCCGCCCCCUGCGUUCAAUCUGGGGCUCCAGGGUGCCACUAGGAAGCACGAAGAGCACCAGUUCACUGCACCGGAUUCCGACCCCUUCUUGUCACCUCGUUCUAAGGGUGCCAACGGACAUGCUAUCUCCCAGGCGCUUGUGCUCUCGUCAGUCCCCGAGGACAACCAGGUGGCCUUGGAUCCCUACCAGGCCUACAACGGCCCGGUUCCCGCCGAGCUUCGUGCCGUGCGCUCGACACAGCUUAACCAGCUCACUGAGGGCCCCAUGGGUAUGCCGACCCAGGACAUAGCUCUCUAUCCCGAGAACUUCCCUUUCAUGGAGACUACGACUCAAGCUGCACCUGUUGGUCAUGGAGUUGUCAAGAUCAGGAAUAUUCCCUUCGGUACCAAGCGCGCCGAGAUCAUCGCCUUCCUUGGCCGCAACUCCAAGAUCCUGAACGAUAAUCAGGAGCCGGUGCACAUCAUCAUGGAGCGCGUUUCAUCCAAGACCCAGGACUGCUAUGUCGAGUUCAUGACGACUCAGGAUGCCGUGAGGGCUGUUGAUCGCCACCGCGACAAUAUUCAAAAGGGCCGCCCUUCCCGUCUCGGCGAGCGCCCCAUUGAGUUGCUGCUGUCGAGCCAAGCUGCUCUCAUGAUGGACCUGUUCCCUCUUGCUGCUGGUGUCUGGUGGGACAAUGCCAAGCCGGUCAUCCAGGCGCCCAUUGACGGCCAGCCGUGGAAGACCUUCAAGGGUUUUGUUACUGAGGAGGAGAUGACCAUGCUGGUCAAGCACGUUGAGAUCCCGCAGCGGUCCCCCUACUCCAAGGAAUGCCCCCAGCGCCCUUACGAGUGCAUGAUCUCUACUAUUAAGAAGCUGCCCUGGUACAUGGCAGACCGCAUCACGCUCCGCCAGCGCCACGCCAUCUACGAGGCUACGGUAAAGCUCAUCACGCUUCUCCAGCAGGCCCUGCAGCGCGACCACCGCAACCACGAGACGGUGCUCAACAAGCAGCUCAUGAAGCGCCUCGUCACCGCCGCCAUGCUGUGCCCGGGCUUCUCGGUCGUGCAGAAGGACAACAUCGCGGUGCUCGCCGACAUGGAGCCGGACCGGGCGCGCAUGUUCAACCAGCCGCGCUUCGCCGAGCAGUGGGUGCACCUGCACGGCGUCUGCCCCAAGCCGGGCACGCCGCUGGACGUGCUCGAGUGGUACGUGGCCGUCGUGCGCGAGGAGACGACGCGGUACGUCCACCGCAAGCACAUUGUCGAGCGCAACGAGAUCCAGCGCGCCAGCUGCUACACCUCGCUCUACUUCGGCUACAUCUGGUACGAGAUGGGCCUGCCCACCGGCAAGGAGCUCGACAACCUCAGCCUGCACGCGGUCGCCCGCUGCGAGCUGGCCGUCAUUGAGCGUGCCAUUCGCCGCGCCCUGCCGUCCGCUGCUCUCCAGGAGCAGUAG